AAAUUGCAGACAUUUUAGCUAAAUAUUCUUCAAAUCAUAUUAUAUACAAUUGCAUUGUCAUUAUCAUUUGUGGACUAUAUAAAAUUUGAUAGAGAAAUAAUGGGUGUAUUUCCUGCGUUUGGAGCAUGGAUCAAUCAGAAUUCUCAACAGCCUCUUGAGGAAGAUCCCAAGAGCUCUGAGCAUGUUGAAUCUAAGUCGGCAUCAGAGAUGGAUAAUGGUCCUGCUAAGAUGAAAAAAUACUAUGACGAAGAUGAGUGGGAGAGGCAAGAUAAACUUUGGACAGCUGCAGAGAAGAAGCAUCCAUGGAAAGAUGCCCCUCCUAAGGUUAAGGUGACAACAAAAAAGGGUAUAUGCCAUAUGCACAUAGAAUUGACAUUGGGGUUGCCUCCUGAUGGAGUCUUCGAACUUUUCACUAAUCCACAUAACGGACCAAACACCGAACCACUUCUGGUUUUAUUUCUUAUCAUUGAAUGAUUCAAAUGUGGUAUUAAUUGUAGCAAUACUUGAAAGUGUACUCUUUUUGUUAAUUAUGAAGAAAAGCAAAUCAAGAAAGGUUUUGAAGGACGAUGGACCGAGGCAGAUCGCGAAGGUGAAGAAAGCUGUGGCCUGGAACUUCAGUGGGAGGUCUAUUGCUAUCCCCAUAAGUCUAAUUGUCGAUGAAAACAGAAGAGAUCUUACAGCGAAAUAUAAAAAAGAGAAAAUGAUGUUCAUGAAAGUAUUCGAGGGUAGCUAUAAAGUGGAGCCUGUAUACGUAGAUUCAGUACGCUUAUGCAAGAACAAGAAGCCGAAGAGUGUAGAUGAAUACAAGAAAUGUAGUGGCGGACAAGGAAAGAUUGCAUCGAAAGUGACAAUGGACCAAUAUUUUCAGCCAUAUCCUCCUUUUAAUCUACCGCCAUUUUCUUGGUUCAUUCGUGAUAUCACCAUCAAGAAUACCAAGAGUGUGCUAGAGAGACUUCAAAGUUGGAGUUUCAGUAUUCGAAAUCCGGGUGUAAUCAUGUCAACCAACAAACAUGGAAAAACAGAAGUUUCUCCUAAACAGUAAUCGGAAAGUCAUUUUUGAUUUCGAGUGCUUAGAAGUUAGAAUCAA